AUGGAGGCAGAGAUAAAUGAAAAAUCAGCAGCGGAAACCAAUACAAUUCUCUUCGCAUUGGCAGAGUGUUGUAAACGCUAUGCUGUGGGUCGAAACACCGUACGGUCCGUACGUGUGAUGUUCACAGAGAGUGAAAUGGCACUUCGACAGGCCGCAGAUCCUUCGGCUUAUCGCGAGUUAACACGCGGGGAACUUCGGCGCCGUGUGGAGCGUGAAGUGAAGGACGUGGAAGAAACACGACACGCCGUUGUGGAGGAACGCCGAAAGGUGCGUGUAUUGAAGAAGAGGGAGAAGCGAUCUCAGAUGAAGUCCGGCGGUUCAUCUGAUGAUGAUAAUGAUAAUGAUAAUGGUGAAGAAGAAGAAGGAUCCGCAGCAGGCAGAAGAGGGGGGAAGAAAACAAGUAAACACAAGAAGGUGACAAAGGAGAGUAGUAGUGAUAAGAGCAAAAAGAAGCAACCCCGUAAUACAAAGAGGAAGAAGUACUACACCCUCACAAAGAAGGAUCUCUAUGGCGAUGAAUAA